AUGUCCAUCAAGAUCCAAAGAGCUACCAAGGAAGAUGUCCCCGAAUUACUGGGAUUGAUCGUCGAGCUAGCGGUUUAUGAGAAGGAACCCGAUGCUGUGGUAGCGACACCUGAGUUGAUGAUCAAAAAUGUAUUCGAGAACAAUUAUGCGGAAGUCCUUAUAGCUAGGACAACCCCCGAGGAUGGAAGUAAAGGCAUAGCAGUUGGUUUAGCUCUGUACUUCUUCACUUAUUCGACUUGGCUGGGUGCACCAGGAUUAUACCUCGAAGAUCUCUAUGUCAAACCUGAAUAUCGAGCUCAAGGACUAGGUAAGCGAUUAUUUGGCGAAUUAGGUCAUAUAGCCCAGGAAAGAGGUUGUAAGAGGGUAGAAUGGAGGGUAUUGAAGUGGAACAAACCUUCGAUCGAUUUCUACAAGGAGUGCCUGAAAGCUGAAAGUCUAGAUGAAUGGGAUACGAUGCGUAUAGAGGGACAAGAAGGUUUUGAUAGAUUGAUAUCAUUCCGAAAGAACUAA